CCCAGAGCAUAUAAAGGAUGGGAACCAGGAACAGGAGACACGUCUGUGGGGACCAGGGCGGGUAGACCACAGACUGCCCGGAGGGACCUGACCCUGUGCUGCUGGCAAUGGCUGCUAACAACGCCAUCACCUUCCAGCCCCAGAUUUCGAUCGCCCCGCGGGUGGGCGAGUGGCAAACGGGGCUGAUGGACUGCUGCUCCGACUGCGGCGUGUGUCUUUGUGGAGCCUUCUGCUUCACCUGCCUGGGGUGCCAAGUGGCCGAGGACAUGGGCGAGUGCUGCCUGUGCGGCCCCAGCGUGGCCAUGAGGACCCUCUACCGCACCAGAUACAACAUCCCGGGUUCUAUUCUGAAUGACUGGGUUGCCAUCGCGUGCUGCCCCCUGUGCGCGCUCUGCCAGCUGAAGAGAGACAUCAACCAGAGGAAGGAGCAGGGCACGUUCUGAUGCCACCACCCUUGCUGCACCCUUCAGAGCCGCUGUGGGCAGGAGUCACCGCUGCCCCAAGCGUUGGAGAACGCACCAUGGGGGGUUCGUCUUGGCUGUGGUUGAUUCCUCCUUCCCUGGGUAACACCAGCAAUAAACAGCGGAGUUUUGUCUUCCUUCCCA